AUGCUCUGGCUAUCAUCUUUAUAUAUUGAUGAGAUUGAUUCCAUUGCUCCCAAGCGAGAGAAGACCAAUGGGGAAGUGGAAAGAAGAAUAGUCUCACAGCUCUUGACACUUAUGGAUGGACUCAAGUCUCGCGCUCAUGUUAUCGUUAUUGGUGCUACGAAUCGUCCCAACAGCAUUGAUCCUGCUCUUAGAAGGUUUGGGAGGUUUGACAAAGAGAUCGACAUUGGUGUUCCAGAUGAAGUCGGCCGUCUUGAGGUUCUUAGAAUCCAUACCAAGCACAUGAAGCACGAUGAAGCUGUGGAUCUAGAAAGAAUUUCAAAAGACACUCACGAAUUGUGCACUGAGGCAGCACUCCAGUGCAUCCGAGAAAAGAUGGAUGUUAUUGACUUUCAUGGCGAUUCUAUUGAUGCUGAGAUACUCCAUUCCAUGGCGGUUAUGAAUGACAACUUUCUGACUGCUCUUAGCACAAGCCACCCUUCUGCUCUGCGCGAGACGGUGGUUGAAGUUCUGAACACCAGCUGGGAAGAUAUAUUGGUGGCCUCGAGAGUGUCGAGAGAGAAUUCCAAGAGACUGUAUAGUAUCCAGUCGAACAUCCCGAGAAGUUUGAGAAUGCCAGAUAAUAUAUACACUCAUACUCAAGAAAUUAACCAAAGACCACCGCUGCUCAAGACGUAA